AUGCUCACCUUCGACGUAUCUGGCAGCCGGAGCGUUUCUUGUUCUGGCGACGUUUACCUCGUGGAUGUGGUGGUGGGACUGCUGGGCUUAGACUGGAUAAGUUUCCAGCAGAACGGGUGGCGGAUCUACGACGUGGUGAUGAUAGCGGGGACGUUUGGGACGACGGUGCCGACGAUUGUGUUGCCGGGGCAAGUGACGAACGUGACGAUCCAGUUCCAGAAGUUCUUCCUGGUGGCGAUCGCGUUCAAGCUGGUGAUGAAGAACAACGAGCUCAACCAGCUGUUCCAGACCGCCCUGUCCAGCCUGCCCUCGAUCGCUAACCUCAUGAGCCUCUGGAUCGUCUUCUUCCUCGUCUGGGCUAUCCUCUUCGUCGAGAACUUCAGCCUCACCCGCGCAGGCCCGACCUCCCUCACCCGCUACUCCAACUACCAGAGCCUCGCUAACGCCCUCGUCAUGCUUGCCAUCCAAAGCACUGGGGAGGGAUGGACCGCUUUCAUGCACGACUAUACCGUCGAGCCGCCGUACUGCGUCUCGUCGCCCUACUUCUUGUUCAAUGAUUGCGGGAGCGCCGCCGCCGCUUACAUCUUGUUCAUCUCGUGGAACGUCAUCUCGAUGUACAUCGUCCUCAACAUGUUUACCGGGUUGGUCGUCAAUAACUUCGCUUACGUCUUCCAGUUGUUUGGAAAAGUCAAAGCCGUCGAUCGCGAAGAAGUGCGCAGGUUUAAGGAAGCUUGGGCCGAGGUGGGUCGCGACCGGACGGGAUACCUGUCUCGGCACCAAUUCAUCCCCUUCUUCUCGCGUUUGAGCGGGGCGUUUGAUGUGAGCAUUUACCCGGACACCCUGAAGAUGAGGAACCUGGUCGACGGGGCCGCCGGGAUCGGCGCCGAGGCCAAGCGGGGCGCGUGGACGGUCGCCAGUGCUGUCAAUCCUGCACGCUCGCUCGACGUCGACGAGCUCAACGCCCGGCUCGCACAGGCCGAUUGGGCCAAAGUCGUGGCGUGGGGGGCGUCGGUGGCGCAGGGGCCACGGCGAAUAAGUAUGGUGCAAAAAAAAUAUUGCCUUGGCUGGGCUGUAAACUUGUCGGAGGGAGGUGGUCUUGAGGGCUUGUUGCAAGGGCCGAGGUGA